AUGCCUGGACGCGGUCGCGGAGGCCCUAUGCCACGAGAAGUCCAAGUCUCAAAAGCACUAAGCAAAUUGCUCCGUCACAGCGCUGAGAAAGAAGGUCUCAAAUUAGACGCUGCAGGUUAUGUCAACCUCAAGGAUGUGUUAAACAACCAAAGAAUCCGCGGUCUUAAAGCCACACUUGCUGAAGUCAAGCAAAUCGUGGCCGAGAACGACAAGCAACGUUUUUCUCUAAUCCACAAAUCAGCCGCGGCAUCAGCAGCAAGUGUCCCAGCCGACGAUGCAGCAACAUCCACAACUUCCGACAUCCCCAGUCAACUCCCAGAAUCAGAAGAUCCUGCCGAUUACCUGAUCCGUGCAAACCAAGGACAUUCUUUGGAAAUCGCAUCUGAGAAUCUCUUGACACCGAUUACUGAGGAAAAUAUCCCUUCGACAGUGGUGCACGGAACAACUCACUCUGCAUGGCCUUUGAUUGUAGCUACUGUUGGUCUCAAGAGGAUGACGCGUACUCAUGUGCACUUUGCUUCUGGUCUACCUGCAGGCUUCAAGUCUGAGGAAAAGGAUGCCAACGCCGCACCCGUCAUCUCUGGCAUGCGAAACUCAUCAUCAGUCUUGGUCUACAUCGACAUCAANAAAGCCCUGGAAGCCGGAGUCAAAUUUUGGAAGUCGGAGAACGGAGUCAUUCUAAGUGAAGGGGAUGAAAACGGUGUGAUCGGUCUGCAAUUCUUCAGCAAAGUCGAAGAUCGCACUGGAGGACAAGGAGUUCUGGUGGAGAAUGGUACUGUCUUGAAGGAAGUUCCAGACUCUUGGACCAAGCCAAAGAAAGCCAACAAGCCAAGGGAAGCAACAGGAUGGCAAGAAAGAUCAGGCGGAUCAGAAGUCAACUUCAACAUAGGGCGGUCGUAA